UCUACUUUCUUUCUACUUUCUUAUUCUUCUAUUUUCAUUUAUCGUUUUUUGAAUAACCUUAUUAUAUUCUUACCAUGAGAGAAAUUAUUCACGUACAAGCUGGUCAAUGUGGUAACCAAAUUGGUCAAAAAUUUUGGGAAACUAUUAGUCAAGAACAUGGCAUUGAUCCCUCUGGUACCUAUUGUGGUGAAAACGAUCUUCAAUUAGAACGAAUCAAUGUUUAUUACAAUGAAGGUUCUACUGGAAAAUAUGUUCCUAGAUCCGUAUUAGUCGAUUUAGAACCUGCAACAAUGGAUGCUAUUCGUAGUUCUACUUAUGGUAAAAUGUUCCGUCCUGAUAAUUUUGUCUUUGGUCAAUCUGGUGCUGGUAAUGCUUGGGCAAAAGGUUAUUAUACUGAAGGUGCAGAAUUAGUAGAAAAUGUAUUGGAUAUUGUUCGUAAAGAAGCUGAACAUACUGAUUGCUUACAAGGCUUCCAAUUGGCUCAUUCUCUUGGUGGUGGUACUGGUUCUGGUUUUGGUUCUCUCUUAUUAUCCAAGAUCCGUGAAGAAUAUCCUGAUCGUAUGUUAUGUACUUAUUCUGUAGUUCCUUCCCCAAAAGUAUCUGAUACUGUGGUUGAGCCUUAUAAUGCCGUUUUGACUGUACAUCAAUUGGUUGAAAAUUGUGAUGCUACUUUUUGUAUUGAUAAUGAAGCUCUCUAUGAUAUUUGUUUCAGAACUCUUAAAUUAACUAAUCCUGCUUAUGGUGAUUUGAAUCAAUUGGUCUCUGCUGUCAUGUCUGGUGUUUCUACUUCUUUACGUUUCCCUGGUCAACUUAAUGGUGAUCUUCGCAAACUUUUUGUCAACAUGGUGCCUUUCCCUCGUCUUCACUUUUUCAUGGUUGGUUUUGCUCCCUUGACUGCAUUUGGUUCUCAACAAUACCGUAAUCUCAGUGUACCAGAAUUGACUGCUCAAAUGUUUGAUGCUCGUAAUAUGAUGGCUGCUUGUGAUCCUCGUCAUGGUCGUUAUCUUACUGUUGGUGCCAUCUUCCGUGGUCGUCUCUCAACUAAAGAAGUAGAAAAUCAAAUGCUUGCUGUUCAACAAAAGAACUCAUCUUACUUUGUCGAAUGGAUUCCCAAUAGUGUCAAGACAUCUUUAUGUGAUAUUCCUCCUGCUGGUCUGAAAAUGAGUGGUACCUUUAUCGGCAAUAGUACCGCCAUUCAACAACUUUUCCAUCGUGUCAGUGAUCAAUUCUCUGCCAUGUAUAAACGCAAGGCUUUCAUUCAUUGGUAUACAGCUGAAGGCAUGGAUGAAAUGGAAUUCACGGAAGCUGAUAGCAAUAUGCAUGAUCUUUUCUCAGAAUAUCAACAAUAUCAAGAUGCUGCUAUUGAUGAUUAUAUGGAAGAUGAGGAUGAUUAUUUGGAAGAAGAACAAGUGUUGGAAGAAGAAGAAUAGAUUAUUCGUCUUACACUAUUUAUUUUACCCUAGUUUUGAAUUUAUAUAUUAUCCUUUUUUUUUUUUAUCUUUUUUUUGUAUGACCCGUUCUCCCUUUUACAACAUUACCCAGUUAGUCUUCUAUUCCUCUUUUUUUUAUUUAUUUAUAUAUAUUCCUUUCUCAUUUACCCUCCACCUAUGUUUUAUCCACUUAUUUUCUCCUUUUAGUUUAUUUGAAUGAUAAUAAAAGAAACAUAUUGAUUUCUAUGAUCCUCCAAUUCAUUCUUCUUGAUUACAAUUACCAAUGCAAUAAGACAGAAAUACAGUUAGGAUAUGCAUGUAUUCACAUACAUAUGAGAGAGGAAGUCAGAGACAGAGAGAGAGAGAGAUGAUUACUGUAUUCCAAUAAAGUUAGACAUAUUCAUGUUUCAUCAUUAUGAUGAUUGUCACCAUCUCCAUCCAUUCGUAUAUCAUACCAAA